UUGCUCGACAGUACAAGGCUCGAUCAGCCUUGAUGUCCUCACUUACACUACGGAAUACGGAUACACUCCCUCGAGACGUUGUAAGACGGGCAUUGUGGGGCCGUUGGAUUAUUGAGAGACCGGGGUCGUGGCCAGGGGCUUUAAAUUACACCCUGGUCGCAGCCAAGAUGAGAUGACGGUGAUGCGACACUAGCAUUUCUCUCAAAUUUAUCUCCCCAUUCAGCCCCUGGAAUCAACAACAACAGUAGGGUCGUCCGAGUCGAACUGCUGGCGAAGAAGACAAAUCGACCGUGAUCGGAACACUGGGAGAACCAAUCGAGCCACAGCUGGCCUGCGUCAUCGUGCAUACGCUACUAGUACUAGCGAGUGCAAACGCCAACAGAACGAACAAUGGCUGCAACUGCUUGCGGGCGCCAAGCCUGGCGGCAGCUGAUGCGCAACAGCUGCCGCGGGCCCGCUGCGACACCUUCGAAGCUGCUACGACAGCAGCAACCGUACCGAUUGGCAUUCCAACGGCAAACUUCUUCAACGACACGAACCACUCCCUCCUCGCUUCUUCGCCAGCAGCCGCUCGCGCAACGGUCGUACAGCUCCGGCUCGCAAGGAGGACAGCAGACCCCGCCUCCGAGGAGUAGCAACAGCCAGAUCAAGUUCUGGCCGUUCGUGGUCCUCAUUGCGCUGGGCUCAGGAGGUUACAUGCUCUUGAUCAACAGGCGGAAAACCAUGCCUCCCACCACACAAACCACCCCCGCCUUCUCCCCCUCCGAGGUAACAGUCCUCUUCGUGCUCGGCGGUCCCGGCGCCGGGAAGGGUACGCAAUGCGCGCGGCUGGUGCGCGACUACCAGUUCACGCACCUCUCGGCGGGCGACCUGCUGCGGGAGGAGCAGGACCGGCCCGGGUCGCAGUACGGCCAGCUGAUCAAGGACUGCAUCAAGAACGGCGAGAUCGUGCCGAUGGAGGUAACGAUCGCGCUGCUGGAGAACGCGAUGCGCGACACCAUCACGCGCACGGGCAACAAGAAGUUCCUGAUCGACGGCUUCCCGCGCAAGAUGGACCAGGCGCUCAAGUUCGAGGAGGUGGUGUGCCCGGCCAAGCUGGUGCUCUUCUACGACUGCCCGGAGGCCGAGAUGGAGAAGCGCCUGCUGGAGCGGGGCAAGACGAGCGGCCGCGCCGACGACAACGCCGAGAGCAUCCGCAAGCGCUUCCGUACCUUUGUCGAGACCAGCAUGCCCGUGGUCCACCACUACGAGGCCGAGAACCGCGUGGUCAAGGUCAUCUCGACCCCGCCUCCCGACCAGGUGUAUGCGGACACUCAGGUGCAGCUGAAGAAGGCUCUGGGGGACAAGUUUUAGACUCGCACCACCGUGAGCUCUGCACUACGUGGCAUUUACCUUCGCCAAAGAUCUUUGGUUUG